AUGUCCUGGGGCUUCUUCGAUUGGGACUCGAUUGAGCACCACGAGAAGUUUGCCAAAGAAUACGGUGCGGAACUAUGCAAAGAUUUGCCUAAAGUUCUGACAUACGGAGAAUUCUGCAAGCAUAUCACCGCCACGCCAAGCUUCCCAGAUGCACUGAAGUCCCCCGUGACUGAUGUCUACAUCAUCUACUUUCCUUCAGACAUUAACCCUGAAGCAAAAGAUACGGCGACUGCACGACUUCAUAAAAUCCUCAAGGAAGGCUUCGGUCAAGUGCCUGAGAUUACCGCCACUAGCUAUGGCUGGGGAGUCCAAGACAAUUUCCCCGUGAAGGGAGGAGAUCCCAAUCAGACAGGUUCCAUCUUGACAGCGUUUGUCGGCUGGUCCAAUCUUGAGGCAAACAACACCUUUCAUCAGUCAGAGACAUACAAGGAGAUUGAAAACAAACUUCAAAAUAUGGAAGGGUUGAUCAGAUUGAGACCUUUCCGCCUCAAGUGCAUUGUGCUUGAGAAGGAGGCACAGUAG